AUGUACGGCUGGGGAAAUAAUUCUUCUGGAUGUGUACGUUUCGGGAUUAGAAAAGAAGUUGAUUACGACUCCAACCCCCCUGAAGGACGUGGAGGCCACCGAAGUUGUCGACAUCGCAGUGGGCGACGUACAGUUCCUCGCUCUUUUCAAUGGCAGGAAAUCUCCGUUCUGCUGGACGCCUCGGGCGGCGUCUACACGUGCGGCAACGGCAUUAACGGGGAUCUGGGCCAUUCGGACAUCGUGCACGAGAGUCUGGACCACUUCCGUCGCGUGGAGCAUUUCCAGAGUUCGAAGAUAAGCAAGGGCGAAGGCCCGAUCGUGAAGAUCUUCUGCCGUGCGGACAACGUUCUCGCUCUGACGCGCAACGGCCAUCUGUACGGCUGGGGCGGCAACGCGCAGGGCGAAUUAGGUCACAUGGACUACAAGGUGAAACGCCUCCCCAAGAAGAACAGCGCGUUCCGCGAGAUGAACGUGCAGGUGCGGGACAUCGCGAUGGGCAAUCACCACACGCUGGUCCUGGGCGACGACAACGUCGUGUACGCCAUGGGCGAGAACACGCACCGCCAGCUCGGCGUCUCCAACAACUCCCUCGAGUGGACGCCCAAGCGGCUCUGCCAGGAGUGGAAGCACGACCGAACCGUCGUGGAGGAGCCGGACUUCCCCGGGCCGGUGACGCGCGUCUUCGCUGGCGGCAAUUCCAGCUGCUGCGUGGACCGCAAGGGACUCUGGUACUUCUGGGGCGCCGACAUGCUCCGCCUCGCCCCCGCGGGAACCGAGGCCGCCGUCUCCUUCCUCCCCGCGCACUCCACGAUCCCCUACCCGCUCGCCACCGACGUCUUCGCCAAGAUCCCCGCGGUAAAGGACCUCGCCUUCGGCUUGGCCCACUGCCUUCUUCUGGACGCCGACGGCGCCGUCUUUGCCGCGGGGGACAACGCCAAGGGGCAGCUCGGCCUCCCGGGCGUUUCCUUCACAGGGGAGUUCCGGAAGGUGGACGUCCCCGCGGGAAUGGAGGGCGUGUUCGCGUUCGACGGGGUCAGCGGGUGCUUCGGUCCCCGCGGGUUGUACAUGUGGGGCGACGGCGCGACGCGGCUGAUCCCCGCGGAAGAGGGCUGCGUGAAGACGCCGAAGAAAAUCGCGGGAAUCGAGGGCGUGAAGCGCGUGCGCAUCAGCGGAACGCACGUGCUCGUGCUCUGCAAGCCGUCCGAUGAAACGGUCGACGAAACGGUCGACGAAACGGCCAAGCAGCCAUCCGAAGAAGGAAAAGAAAAAGAAAAAGAAGCGAAUCAGCCGAAGGAAGAGGCGCAGAACGCGAAGGCGGCGGAGGAGAGCGCGAAACGGGAUCGCGAAGAGCGGACGGAGGCGGACGCGGGCGAGAGCGAGGCGAAGAAGCUCGAGAUCGGCGCGUAGCUCGGGAAUUUUCGAUUUUGUUUUCUUG